CGGCCACCCGCCCAGCCUUUGCCUAGCCUACCUCACGCCACCACCACCAGCUCGCUCCACAGACAAGCCAUGGCAGAAGAGGUCGUGUCGCUGGAGGCACUCUCUGCCCACUUUCACCGCCUGCAAGACCCCGAGGCGACGGCGGCCGACCGGACCGAGUCGGACCAAUGGCUGCAGAGGGCGCGGGUGUCGGCGAGUGUGUGGACGGCGGCGUUUGAGGCUCUGUCGAGCACGGGCAUGGAGACUCCGUUUGCGCUCUUUGCUGCGCAGACGCUGAGGUACAAGGUCUUGACUGCCGCACACCAGCUGGAAUCGGUCGAUGAGCGCCUGGAUGUCCGGGCGAGGCUUGUCGGCCUCGUCGUCGAUGCUGCGGCCUCAGUUCCGGGCUCGUCGGUGGAGACGCAGCUGGUGCUGGCGCUUGUUGCGCUGGCGCUGCACAUGGGCCCGGCCGAGUGGCCCGAUGUCAUCUCGGAUGCUGUCACCAUCUUUACCGAGCAGGUGCCGGACAAGGCCGUCGGCACGCACGCGCUUGUUGUCUUCCUCCGCCUCUUCCCCGAGGAGGUGGCCAACACCUCGCUCCUCCUUGAUCCGGCCCUCCAGGCCGAGGCCGAAGACACUUCGCUGGCGCCCGACUCUGCAGCUGCGGUUGUCUCGCUCCUCGGCUCGGUCCUAAGCUCGGCCCCGUCCGAGGCUGCCGCGGGUGCGGUGCUCGAUGCCAUCGCGCAGUGGGUCCGCUACAUGACUGGCGAGGCGCUGGCCGAGUCGGGCGUGGUCGAGGCCAUGUUUGACUCGCUGGCCGGCGUCUCUGCGCGCGGCCCGAUGCUCGAGGGCCUCGCCGCCGUCCUCCUCAGCAUCAUCGAGGUCUCCGAGGUGCUCAUGUCGCACCAGCUCGCUGAUCAGUACGACUCGCUCGCGCCCGAGGAGUACGACGAGAUGCUUGAGAGCCAAGCCGAGUAUGUCGACGUGGUUGGGGCUGUCUUUCCGCGCAUUGUCGCCCUCACCUCGAGCUUUGACGCGAGCGCGCCCAUUGCCGACGUCCUCCUGCGGCUCAUUGUCGAGACCGGCAUCUCAUACCAGUCGUACAUCCAGGUCCUCAACUCGGACGAGACAAUGGCGUACGCCUCGUUCAUGGUCGAGCUCCUCACCGUGGACGACGAGGAUGUGACCUCGUCGGUCCUCCACUUUUGGCGCAUUUUCAUCGACUCGCUCGGUGGCGCCAUUGCGCACGACAGCAUCAACGUGACUGAGCAGCUCGGCGAGCGGUACAAUGACCUCUUCCGCACCCUCCUCUCGUACGUCGUCAUCCGCAACGCCCUACAUCUAGCGUCGCACCGACUCGAGCCGCAGCUCGCCGCCGCUGGGCGCAAUGCUGAGAUCUCGUCGUCGUCCGAGGCCAUCGUCGCCGCCAUCGCCGACGUUGCGUCGGCGGGUGUCGUUCUCGGCUGGCUCACUGAGCUCUGGGCCGAGCAUGCUAAUGCCGACAGCAGCGCUGCCGCAGCGCCAACUGCUGGCCAGCCGUGGCAGCUGCUGUACUCGCCCGGGGCGGCGAGCCUCGAGCCGCGCCUCCUGCGCUCGCUCCUUGCCUGCCUCGCGGCUCUUGGGCCCUCGGUCUACCCGUCCGAGACUACGCUUGUCGGCGCGCUGUUCUUCUCGCUCGAUGCAGAGUGCCUCGCCGCAAGCGCCGAGAUUAUCGAAGCCAUGCUCGCGGUGGUCGCCGCCUUUCCGCACUGGCUCAAGGCGCAUCCGCAAGCCAUCGAGGCUGUCCUCAACUAUCUCCUUGCCGCGCUCGAAACGUCGAACGCCGGCGUCAACCAGGCCGCCGCCGCCGCCCUCAACUCGCUCUGCAUGCGAGCUCAGGAAGUGAUGCGGCCGUCGUUUGACGCGCUCCUUACCCUCUUCACUCGCCUUGUGAGUCAGCCGCUCGCGGCGUCAGGCACACUCGGCGACCUCGACGACUACACUGCUGGCACCAUCACCUUUGCGCUCGCAGCCGUGGCCGCGAUCAUGGAGCCGAGACCGGCGCUUGCCGCGCUCGACGCGCUCCUCUCGCCUCUCAUUGCUCCGCUGGCGGCGAUCACCGACAUGGUCGAGUCGGGAGAGGCGGGCGCGGUCGACGCGGCGCGGACCGGCAUCAACCUGAUCCACCGGCUGGCGCUCGGCAUCCACCGCUCGCGUGGGCAGGCGACCAACUUUGCGGCUUCUGGCCUCGCCACGCCAGCGGCCACCAUUCUCGAGCGGACCGGAGGCGUGCUGCACCGUCUCGCUGCUGCCGCCUUUGCCGCUCGCUCGGCCGCCGGCCUGGACCUCCUUGCCGCCUCGUUGCGGCUACUGCAAGUGCUGAUGAAGGCGUCACCGCUGGCGGCGUUUGACCUCGUCCGCGCCACCGUCGAGGUGCUGAACGAGCCGCUCGGUGAGGUAUACGAGUUCCUCAACGUGGUAUUCGAUGUAUACGCACCGGUCGUCGAUCUCGCCUCGCCGCAACGGGCGCUGAUGGACGAGCACGCUGGCGGAGAGCUUGCCGACGACGAUGCAAGGGCCAUUGCCGUGUUUGUGGCCGGCGCUUUCUUUGGUGCCUCGUCGCAACUGCUUGCGCUGUGCGCGCCAGAUCCGUUUGCUCUCUCACCGGCUUGGGACGGCGACCGACUUGUGGGCCACGGCACGAGCAUCAUGGUCUACUGCGACAUCUUCAUGCUGUUCUUUGUCAAUCUCCUCACAUACUUUGACUCGGACGACGGGGCAGCGCUGGUGCGGGCGGUCACCUCGCUCGCCCUCGAGCUUGUGGUCACCGACUGGCCAAGCCUCGCCACCCAGGGCCUCGCGGUCAUCGAGACCCUUUUCCAGUACACUGCGGGCCCGGAAGCCGAGAGCUAUCUCGAGUCGAUGCCAUCGGAAGCGUUCUACCACCAGCUCCUUGUUCCGCUGGCAGGGGAGAUCGGCCCGGCCGCUGUUGCCGCCGCCCUCCACUGUGUCUUCUUUGUCACCGGCGGUGCGGCACGGGUCGAGGACCUUAUCGAGCAGAUGUACUACUCGCAGCGCGACCAGUUCCAGGCCUGGCUCCACGCUGCGCUCGCCAAUGUCGACGACCUCUUGCUCACCACUGACGACAAGCGCCGGAUCAUGACCAGCCUCUUUGAUGCACACCUCCCGUCGCGGCCGGUCUCCAAGAUCUUCUCCGACUUGGGCGCCCUCGUCGCCGCGCGCUCGGCCUCGGCGCCACGGUAGUCUUUCUAAUCGUCACCCUCGUCGUCGAGGAGGACAAUGUUGGCGACACGCGUGCCCUGAAACGCCAGAUGCCGCUCGCCAACGAGUCGGCGGAGCCGGAGCUGGAUGCGCGGCCCUGCGCGCGCCAGCGCUAGCAGCUCGUCACCAGCCUCGGCGCUCACCAUCAGCGUGGUCGGCAAGCUCGCCUCGUCGGCACCUCCAACCCCGAUCAUGUCGAUGAAUUCGGCGUCGCCGGGCGAGUUAGCCACAAACAGCAGCUCGGCACCGAGUUGGGCGCGGGCUUGGGCAGCCUUGUCGACAAAGGUGCAUCCGCCGCGCCGCGCCAACGCCGUGCCCACCGAGCCGGGUCGCGGCGCGCAGGUAAAGUCCACCGUAGGCACG